AUAGUUUCAUCGCAUCUUCUUCUUUCCCUGCCGGCCCGGGCGGUGCGACUGGUGAGUACGGUAGCUGCUGCUUUCGAAAGUAGUUAAGAGGUUUUUGGCGAUUCCGAGUAGCCGAGAGAGAGAGAGGAGCGAGGGAGUGCCAAAAACGACAAUUGGUUUGAAUUUGGUCUUUCGGAGCACCGAGAAUGUCGAUGGGGAGUGACACUUCUUGGGUGGGGAAGAAGCCUCUGCGCCGCAUCGGAGGCAUGUCGGAUGCUCUGUCUAUCGCUUCGGAUCUUGGUUUCUCUGUCGCGCCUCCUCCUACCCAGGAAGAACUUCAAAAUUUAUCCACUACCACUGGUGAAAAGGGUGAUGACUUAAUAAGGGUUUUGAGAGAACUUACCACCGUACAGAGAAAAAUAGCAGAUUUGCAAGUGGAACUUCAAGGAAGAAAGGACGACAAAAACGUUGCACAUUUGACGCAUGUGAGUGAAAUGGAAAAGAAAUGUGAAACUUUGGCAAGGAUUACUACUAUUUUGAAAGAUGUCAUUCAGAAUAAGGAUCGCAUCAUAGCUCGUCUCCAACAACCAUAUUCACUAGAUUGCAUUCCAGUGGAGGCAGAGUAUCAGAAACAAUUCUCUGAAUUACUGAUGAAGGCUGCUAGUGAUUAUGGGGCUUUGACAGCAUCAGUUGCAGAUUUCCAGUGGAGUCAGACCUUUAAGGAGCCUCCAGCAGUAUGGGGGGAAAUGCUUCGCCCAAUUCCUGUUGCUUUAGCAUCAUGCACCCGAUUUUUUGAAGCAAUGUCAGCAAUGAGGGAAUCAUUUGCAACGCUACAAAAUCUGAGAGUGGGCCAUUCAGAUUCAAGUUUGCCCAUGACACCAGCCAAUGAUCACUCCCAAAGAGUACCAGGGGAUUCCGAAUGUGUUACUCCAGCUCCUUGGAGAACUGAACCAAGCUUUGAUGACUUGGCUAUCAGAAGCUCAAGGAGACAAGAUAUCGAGCAGCAAGAAAUUGAAGACGAAAGCGUUGCAGAUGGAACAGGCCACAGGAGAUUGUCUUGGCCUCCAAUUAAAAAGAAUGGCACUUAGUCAACAAACUUGGUUUCAUUCUUUGUAUGUUACUGGAUGUACGCUGUUCCAAAUUUGUUUGUGUGAAAUAGUGACUGACUAAUUGCACUUAUGCAAUGGAAUUGUUUACCUUCCGUUAGCAUGAUCAUACUAGCUGAGACUCAUCCCUUGUGUAGUAUAUAAAUAUACGUCUGUAUGUAUACUGGCUUUUAUCCUUGGAAAAUUUUAGGUGAUGCCUUCAUUCUC